ACUCCAUUUCCCAUCAUGCCCCGGUCCUCCCCUCUGCUCCUGGUUCACGGCGCUUCGUGUGUUUGUGUCGGAGUGCCUGCAGAUCUCCAGAAGAGAGAAGCCCCGUCUGAGCCAGAGGAGUCCAGGUAGGAGAGCAGACCUCCUGGCCAUGUUCACCGAGCUGCUGCUGGGCCUGCUGCUGGCAGGUCUGAUCUGGUUCCUGGUCCAGAGGAGCAGGAAGCAGGUCCUGACCUCAGAGGAUGGCUGGUGGGGUCCCGGACCGCGGCCCACCGCGGAGGAGGACGACUCCAUCCGUCCCUUCACCAUCACCACCAGCGACGAGGAGCUGCAGGACCUCCACCGGAGGAUCGACCACACCCGCCCCGUCCCCUCUCUGGAGGACAGUCGCUUCACUUACGGCUUUAACUCCCAGUACCUGAGCACGGUCGUCUCGUACUGGAGGAACGACUUCGACUGGAGGAGACAGGUCCAGAAGCUGAACCAGUACCCCCACUACAAGACCACCAUCGAAGGCAUCGACGUCCACUACCUGCACGUCAAGCCGAAGACGUCGGAGGGGACUCGAACCGUGCCUCUGAUCAUGGUGCACGGCUGGCCGGGCUCCUUCUAUGAGUUCUACGGUUUGAUCCCGUUACUGACCGACCCGUCGGACAAAGACCACCUGGUGUUUGAGGUGGUGUGUCCCUCCAUCCCGGGGUACGGCUUCUCCGCCGCGCCGUGUAAGAAGGGCUUCGAUUCCGUCUGUGCCGCCCGCGUCUUCCUCAAGCUCAUGAGGCGUCUGGGCUUCCAGCAGUUCUACGCUCACGGAGGAGACUGGGGCUGGCUGGUCACCACCAACAUGGCUCAGCUGGACCCCAAGAAUGUCAAAGGCUUGCACGUGAACUUCGCCCCGCCCGCCAAACCGGGCCUGGCCAUGACCCUGUCCAUCCUGCUGGGCCGCCACUUCCCCAAGCUGUUCGGCUUCACCGCCAUGGACACGGAGCGCCUCUACCCCUGCCUGGACAAGCUGGUGCUGGAGUCCAUCAAGGAGACCGGCUACAUGCACAUCCAGGCCACCAAGCCCGACACCGUGGGUCGAGGGCUGAACGACUCCCCGGUGGGGCUGGCCGCCUACAUCCUGGAGAAGUUCUCCACCUGGACCAGCCGGGACUUCAGGAACCUGGAGGACGGAGGACUCACCAGGAAGUUCUCUCUGGACGACCUGCUGACCAACGUGAUGAUCUACUGGACGUCCGGCUGCAUCGUCUCCUCCAUGAGGUUCUACAAGGAGAACUUCGGUAAAGGUCUGGACCAGCCUCACGCCAGGAUCCCGGUCUACGUGCCCACGGGCUUCGCCUGCUUCCCCAACGAGCUGAUGCACUCGCCCCGGCUGUGGGUGCAGCAGAAGUACCGGCGGCUGCUCCGCUUCUCGCCCAUGGCCCGGGGAGGACACUUCGCCGCCAUGAGGAGCCGCGGCUCAUGGCCGAGGGACAUCCAGGCGUUCGUCAGGAUGGUGGAGAAGAAGUAGAGCAGAGGCCGACUGUUAGAGAGACGCACCGAUCUCUGCAGGAGCUGAGAAACAUCAGUAUUUUACUCUGUUUAGUGCAAAGAGGUCUGACCACAUUCUUAUCUUCCUUUAUCAUCAUUCUUCACUUGACCUCCAUCUGUUCCACUGUAACCCUUCUUCCUCCUGUCAAGAGGCCCGUCAGUAGAGCAGUAGUAAAGACUGUGACUGGAGCACUUCCUGGUUCAGGAGGCUGAGCUGAUCCCUCCCGGAGCGGAGUGAGGAGUGUGUGUGGUGUGUUUGGGUUUUUGUACAUUCCACUGCUGAAAAUUGUCCAGGUCUUUUAAAAAACAUGAAGUAUUAAAGGUUUCUCAUAAUGUGCUCCACUGUUUAAUGUUCUUGCUUUAGCGGCUGUACGGUAACAUCAAACACUAAAUGUCUUCUGCUGAGGCCUUUCCUGAACUGACGUCUGAUGGGGGAAAGUGAACUCAAAUACAAAUAAAAAGC